GUUCGGGGAGCAGUUUUGAACCACAUGUCUGCAACUUUCGUUUGGCAGAAGGGUCACUCCAACUUCGAUGUGGCUUAAGCGGUCAAGUAGCAGUUGUGUGGCAGAUCUAUUGAAUCGGCUUCAGAAUAUCCUGCUCUCGCAACUUCCGCCUGACCAGGAAUGUGGCACCUGGUAUGGUCGAAAUGACCACUUUUUGGGAAUCCAGAGUUUGUGGAGCUUAUGCGGAGCUUAUCCUUUCCUUGUUCCUGCAUAUGCAAGAGAAGGAUUGGGGGGAGGGGCGAGGGGAGGGUUGUGGUACUACCUCUAUUCCAGGAGAUUCCUGUGGCUAGCAGAGUUUAUAGCGUGAGAGUGCUGAAUGAUCGAGGUCAUGUGGUUAAGUUAAACUGAACAUCAUCAGUGAUAAAAAUCAACUUAC